AGGGUGGUAGUGUUUAUAAAGAAAUUCAAAACUUUAAAAGCGUGCUCAGACCUAUUUAUUUAUUUCAACCAUUCCGUUGCACAUGUAAAGUGAAUGCGCUCGGUCUAAUGUUAACAGCUUGAGUUUGUAAUUUGAGUAAAUUUGUUCGAUUAAAUAGUUUGAUGCGCAUGUAGCAGUGUUUUACAGAUCGUUUUUGUUGAAAUAUGAAAACUGCGGAGUGGAUAUUUUGUAUUUUCUGUGUAGCGAUAUUUGCGUAUGUUAGUAAGGCGGGUGAGUGCUGCGACUCGUACUAUGAUCUGACAUUUGAGUACCACGACCAGAAAUGGUGCGACGACUAUUGUUGCGGCACCUCUACUCUCGGCGUACUCGAUUGCUGUGACAACAUUUUCCUCGUAGCCCCUGCAGAUGACAGAGUUGGGUUCUGCACCGACUACUUCGUACAGAACAUAUGGGCUCCAAUCCUUAUCGCUGUGGGAGGCAUUGGCGUUAUUUUGACUUGCAUAUGUUGUUGCUACUGUUGUAUGACCAUGUGUAGCCAAAAAUCUUCAGGAACAGUUGUUGCCCCUGCCCAUCAACCUUAUCAUACAAAUGUAAUGAUGCUUAAUCCUACAUCAAUGCAAUCGAAUCCACCCGGAUAUGGUGCGCCAUUUUUGUCACAACAACCAGGGAACUCUUCACUUCCGUUACAGAAUCCGGGGUAUAACCCGUCAGGGGACGUUAAUCCCGUCCAUCCUCCGCCAGGCGUUUCAUAUCCCGUACCAAGUGGUCAACAAACAGAAACUAAACAUCCUUUUGAAACUUGAAAGAAAACUUAAGUGAUUGUGAUAUUGAAUAUUGGCGUUUUAAAGAUGAUUCAGAAAUACAUGUAGUAUAUAUAGAUUUUUCUGUCAUUAUAUAAAAAAAAAAUUUUCUUCAAAAAUAUUUCUUAUUCGUGUAAAUUCGGCUAACCACUGAAGUAACGGUAUCUUGUAUAUUAUUUGAAAACUGUCGGCAAAAUAAAAUUAUGCUGUCCCUGGUGAUAUAGGUGAUUAUUUGGACUUAACAAGACGGAAAGUUCCGGAAUUUGCCGAAGUUUUCCAAGUCUUUUAUGAAUGUACAACCCUUAAAGACAAAAUGCAAAGUAAGCAAACAUGCAUGCAUUCUAAUUUAGCUUUAUCAAUAGUGGCAGAUAGACGUUCUUAAAAGCAUCGAAGUAGCUAAGUUUGACACAACAUGUUUGAAUUCCAUAGAAAAGGGACUGGAAAUGUACGAGUACGAUUUUUGUUGGUGUUGUUGUUGUUGUUGUUUUUUCGUUGUUUAAAGGUGCCAUUUUUCUUCUUGAUUGAUGACAUAUUGAAGUGGAUCAUGACCUUGUAUAUACCUAGCAAACAUUUUUAUACUUUUAAAUACAGACAUGUUAUGCUCGAAUGAUCAACGGAUAAAAGUCCCGUUUAUUUCACCAGGAUAUCUAUUAAUUACGAAAGUUGUAACAC